UAAAAUUUUCAACUGCACUUAAGAAAAUCUUAUCGUAAUUACAUUGUGGCAGUACUCAAAUCUUAAAAAGUAUACGAUGAUUUACAUUCUUUAGAUUUCUGUAAAUUAUUGUGUCGAAGGAGAACUGUAUUCUCAUUAGGCUACCAUGACUUUCGUCUUCUCAAAAUCGUAAAAUAUGGGUAUCUGUGGCAAGCGAGCUCGCUGGCAGUUAAUUUCAACCUUGGAAGUGUCCAUUAUGUCCCUUACUCAUGGUAUUUCUCUGGGAUGGCUAUCGCCCAAUCUGCCAAUCCUUUCUUCCAGCGACAGUCCCAUGGGUAAACCACUCACAAUUGAAGAUGUCAUGUGGAUUGGUUCAUUACUUGGAGUCGGCUCUUUGCUUACCAAUAUGACGAUCUGCUUCAUGAUUUUUUUUGGACUAAAGAAGUGCAUGUAUAUUGUUGCUAUACCCAACAUAAUUCAUUGGAUCCUUAUCUGGGUAGCAGACAAUGCAUACUAUCUGUAUGUGGCACGUGCCCUGCUGGGAAUAUCUGGCGGCAUUCUUGUGGUGUGCUUUCCCAUAUUUAUCGCCGAAAUUUCUGAUACUAACGUUCGUGGCACUCUAACGGCAAUUUUUAUGCUGGCUCUCUGCGGAGGCGUUACAGUAGGAUUUGUGCUGGUUUUUUUCGUCCCCUUCUAUAUCCUUCCUUGCGUCGUUGUUAUCCUGCCCCUUAUGUAUAUGAUUUUGCUAAUAUUCCUUCCGGAGUCACCACAAUAUUUGCUAAAACGGGGCGACGAAGAAAAAUCUAAAAGUUCGUUCUUCUUCUAUAAGAAUUUAAAAGACGACCCUGAAAAUGAAGCCGAAGCUAAUAAGCAAUUUGAGACUUUUCGAGAUAGAAUUAUAAGCGGGGGUAUUACGGAAAAGAUAACCUGCCGGGACUUCUGUAACAGUGUCGCGUUAAAGGCGUUUGGGCUGAUUGCUGUGCUGCUCAUUUGCAACCAGAUGUCGGGAUCCUUUGCCAUUUUUAAUUACACGGCUAGCAUCUUCAAAGAACUCGGCAGCACUAUUAAGCCAGAGAUAUGCGCCAUGAUAAUGGGAUUGGUGCAGCUUUUUGGCUUAGUCUCUGCCGUUUUCCUGGUGGAUCGAGUUGGUCGCAAGUUGCUGCUAAUUCCCACACUGGCUGGAAUGGGUCUAUGUGAGCUAGGUGUGGGUCUGCUAAAAUUCUUUGCCUCAGAGGAGUUUCUGAACGCCCACAGCUGGAUUGGGCUGGUUCUACUGUGCUGCGUAGCGUUCCUGUCAUCGGCGGGAAUAAUCGCUCUGACUUUUGUCAUCAUCGUCGAACUGCUGCCAGUGAAGAUUCGCGCACCUGGCACCUCCUUGAGCAUGUGUGGACUCAGUUGUGCGGUAUUCGUGGCACUCCUGACCUUCCCACCCGUGAUUCACUAUUACGGAUUGGCUGUGGCAAUGUUCAUGGCGUCGGCCUUCUGCUUUGUGGGCAUGACUAUAAUGGGCUUCCUUUUGCCAGAGACAAGAGAUAAGAGUUUAAUGCACUGAACUGUUCAAGCUUCUCCGAAGAUUCAAUGUCUAGACAAGGGAUAUCCUUCUACCCAAACCAAAUUUCUGUUAAGCAACGCACCAAAUAUAAAUGAACUUCAAAGCAUUUAAAUGAUGUUAUUAUCAAAAUACCCCCGUUUCCGCAUUUUGUUUUACCAUCAUGAUCUACCUUUGGAUCCAUUUGUUCUAUUUGUAUUUUUUUAUUU